AUGCCAAAGGAGAUCAAGGACAUUAAGCAAUUCCUCGAGAUUACAAGACGGAAGGAUGCUAAAUCCGCACGCAUAAAGAAGACGUUGUCGCGCAUCCCAGGCGUCAAGCCAAAGACCAAGUUCAAGGUUCGCUGCUCGCGAUAUCUGUACACUCUCUCGUUGGACGAUCCGGAGAAAGCAGAAAAGCUCAAAGCAUCACUUCCUCCAGGUCUCCAAAUAGAAGAGGUCGACAAGCCAAAGAAGUCGAAGAAGUAG